GUCAGUUUACGCCUUCUCUGGCUCCCUUCUUCCCUUCCCGUCUCGCCCUUCCCAUUCCAUUUUCCCUCCCAAAGACGCGCGCGGAGCCCCAAAAUCUCUAGGGUUUGCCCUCCCAGCGCCACCAGAUCCCCCUGCACCCCUCGCAAAUGGAGGAGACGCUAGCGUCCUCGCGCCGCCCGAAGCGUGGCCGCCCGCCGAAGCCGCGGGACAACGACUUCGUGACCGGCGAGGAGUUCGAGGACGAGGAGGGGGAGGACUACGAGGAGGGGCUGCAAGCGCCGGCCCGGUCCAAGCGCAAGCGCGAGGCCUCCGCCGCCGCCGCCGCCGCGCUCGAGGACCUGACCCUCAUCGAUAUUGUCAAGCAUAAUGGCAGGAUGAUCAGCCAUGCUGUCAAAAGAUUGGUCGAGGAUUAUGAAUCAAAGCCUAAGUCUGUGAUAUUUCAGAUAUUAGCAAUGUUUUUUGAGGCUUGUGGUGCCAGACAUGAUAUUUAUGAAAAUGACCUUGAUGAGGCGGAUGUGGAUGACACUGUAUUCAAACUUGUUGAGCUAUCAAGAAAAGGCCUCGUGGAAGAUAAUUAUAACUCAAAACAGAAGGGACUUAAGAACUUCAAGGAAAAUCUUGUUUCUUUUUGGGAUAGCUUGGUCCUUGAGUGUCAGAAUGGUCCACUGUUUGAUGAUAUUUUAUUCCAAAAAAUCAAGGAUUUCGUGGUUGCUUUAUCAUGUACUCCUCCAAGGGUUUAUCGUCAAGUGGCUUCAUUGGUUGGGCUCCAGCUUGUGACGUCCUUCAUAUCGGUAGCUAAGACUCUUAGUGGACAACGUGAGACCACUCAAAGGCAGUUGAAUGCAGAGAAGAAGAAGCAUAGUGAUGGACCACUUAUUGAAUCUCUGAACAAAAGACUAUCUCUUACUCAUGAGAAUAUUACUUAUCUGGAGGAAUUGAUGCGGAAAAUAUUCAGCGGGUUAUUCAUGCACCGGUAUCGUGAUGUUGACCCUGAGAUCCGGAUGUCAUGCAUCAAAUCUCUUGGUAUUUGGGUUGUCUCAUAUCCAUCACUGUUUUUACAAGAUAUUUAUCUUAAGUAUCUUGGAUGGACACUGAAUGACAAGAAUGCUGGAGUUAGAAGAACUUCUAUUCUUGCCUUGCAAAGCCUGUAUGACGUGGAUGACAACAUACCUUCUCUUGGUCUCUUUACCGAGAGGUUUUACAGCAGAAUGAUCCAGCUUGCUGAUGAUAUUGAUAUUUCAGUAGCUGUAUCAGCUAUAGGACUCAUCAAGCAAUUACUUCGGCAUCAACUUUUGAGCGACGAUGAUUUGGGCCCCCUAUACGAUUUGCUUAUUGAUGAGCCUCCUAUGAUAAGGCGUGCAAUAGGGGAGUUAGUUUAUGAUCACCUGAUAGCACAAAAUAUCAAGACCUCUUCUGGAGCUAGAGAUGGGGACAGCGAAUCCUCUGAGGUUCACAUUGGUCGAAUGCUGCAAAUCUUAAGGGAAUUUUCGGAUGACCCAGUCCUGAGUUCUUACGUCAUUGAUGAUAUUUGGGAGGACAUGAAGGCCAUGAAAGACUGGAAGUGUAUAAUCUCCAUGCUUCUUGACGAAACUCCACUGUCUGAGCUUACUGACAUGGAUGGAACCAAUCUAGUUCGGAUGCUGCGAGCCUCUGCUAAGAAGGCUGUCGGAGAAAGGAUAGUUCCUGCAACGGACAACAGGAAGCUGUACUAUAAUAAAUCCCAAAAGGAAAUACUGGAAAAUAGCAAACGGGACAUAACCAAUGCCUUGAUGAAGAGGUACCCACAGCUUUUAAGAAAAUACAUACCUGACAAGGCUAAGAUAUCCCCUCUAAUUGAUAUGAUGACGCUUUUGAAACUUGAGAUGUACUCGUUAAAAAGGCAAGAACAGAAUUUCAAGGCUGCCAUAGAUCUCAUUGUUGACGCUUUCUUCAAACAUGGUGACAAGGAUACAUUAAGGUCUUCUAUCAAGGCAAUUGCUUUCUGUUGCACCGAGUGUCAGGCUGAUCUUCAAGAUUAUGCUGAAAAUAAACUUAAGAAUCUUGAAGAUGAGUUGGUUUUGAAAGUCAAAACUGCGAUCAAGGAAGUAGAGGCAGGUGAUGAUGAAUACUCCCUCUUGGUUAAUUUGAAGCGACUUCAUGAACUUCAGCUGUUGAAACCUGUUAAAAAUGAUGGUUUAUUUGAAGAUAUGUACCGAAUCCUAAGUCGCCUAAGAGAGAUGGAUAAUGAGGUCAAGAGCUUGCUCAUCAUCAAUAUGUACCUUGAAGUAGCAUGGUGCCUGCAUGCAGUUAAUGAUCAAAACCCAUCUGAAACAUCUAUCGAUGAACUUUUAUCCAAGCAAAGCUCUCUUUUUGAACAACUCUAUUAUUUCUUGGUGGUUCUGCCUACUUAUCAGAAAGAGGGAAGGAGCACCACUGUACUUUCCUGCAGAGUCUGCAUCAUUACUGCAGAGAUGUGGUGCUUGUUUAAGAAGUCAAAGUAUUCUUCAACAAGGCUAGAAAGUUUGGGUUAUCUCCCACAAUUAGAUGUUGUUCAGAAGUUCUGGAAACUAUGUGCACAGCAGCUCAAUAUAUCAGAUGAAACAGAAGAUGAAGAUGCAAAUGAAGAAUAUAUUGAAGACACAAACAGGGAUGCCGUAAUGAUUGCAGCUGCAAAGCUACUCCUUGCUGAUACGAUUUCAAAGGAUUACCUUGGCCCUGAGAUUGUUUCGCACUAUGUAUCUCAUGGAGCAAGUACGACGGAGAUCAUCAAGCAUCUCAUUACUGCGCUAAAGAAAAAUGCAGACAACGAUAUAGCUGCUCUAUUCUUUGAGGCUCUGAGACGGGCAUUUGAACGGUAUAUGGCCCAUCUAAACGAAGGAGAGAACCAAAACCUGAUAGGCAAGUCUUAUUCGGAAUGUCAAGAUCUUGCCAAUCGGCUUGCGGGGUACUAUGUUGGUGCUGCUCGUAAUAAAAACAAGUCUGAGAUCUUGAAGAUUAUCCAAUGUGGCGUUCCAUUUGCCUUUGUGGACCUCCCAAAGCAAUUGUCUUUCCUCGAGGCUGCUCUUGUGCCAUUUGUUUCUAAACUUCCCUCAGCAGAUAUACCAGACAUCAUGACAGAUGUACAGAAGAGGGCACAAGAUAACAAUCUGAAUGAAGAUUCAAGUGCUUGGCGCCCAUACUUCACUUUUGUACAACACCUACGUGAGAAACAUGCAAAGAACGAGGUUUUACCUGAGGAAAAGGAGGAAAAGCCUGUAAAGCGCAGGGGCCGCCCGAGGAAGGUUAGAGAAGAACCUGCGAGAAACCUUUUUGAAGAACACAACUCUAGUGACGAAGAGUCUGUUAGUGAUUCUGACCAACGGGGGCACGGUGGAGAUGACGACGACGACGACGAUGCUUUUAACCAGCCUUUGAUCAACACGUUUAGGCCUUCUGCAUCAAAGCUAAGGUCACUGAAGGUUUCUCAACAGGGAACAAGUAGUCAGAAAAAAGCUCCUAAAGCUUCAGCCUGUAAUUUCAGGAAGCAAUAGCUGAUGAAGGGAUGCACCGACUUGGUCUUGUCGGUGACGCAUGAUUAAUGAACAUUAAAGCUCACAUCGGUUCAACUGACGAGGAGAUGCUGAGACCAGCUCUGUUAAGCACGCGGGACAACAGCCAUCGCUUGCUGUUUAAUUUUUUUUUUUGAGGAAUCCUUGUUGUUUAAUUUUGUUGUCUAAUUAGGCAUUGUAGAUGAUUGUACUUGGAUUCUCACACCCCUCUUGUAAUCCAUGUGCCAGGUAGUUUUAGAUUUCUUACUUUUCCUUCCCCCAUGUAUGUAUAUCAUCUUGUGUAGUAAUAUAUGCAAGGGGAUGGCCGUUCUUUUCCUUCUCGUAUUUUGUAUGCGACACCUAUGUUUUCAUUUCGAUAUGCAUGCGAUACCUUUUGACCAUUAA